AUGAUAGCCACCUUCACACUUAGCUCUGAAGGACUUCUUGGACAUGCUCUCUUUCUUGAGCGUUUAAUAGCUUUUUUAUUUUUUAAAAUUUAUGAAAAACAAAAUAAGGCAUAUUUUGGGAUUAUUGCUAAUAUUUUAAUUUUUGUUUAUUCUAUCCUCUGUGGAUUAACAAUUUCAAAGUCUUGGGACUUUACCCCUUUGUAUAUUUUGCAAAUGUCUUUUUCAAUAAUUGCAAAUUUUGCUGAGAUUUUGGUUUAA